AUGGUGCAGUUACGCCAGAUCAAUGAUCGUGGAAACAUUCCGAGGGCUCUGGGAUCCGAUGCUCCUGGUGCCCUGAGAGACAUCCUCGCUUCCCAAGUUCAGGAAUUGGCCAAGAAGCAAGUCAAAGAGGCCAAGAACAUGGAUUUCGCAUUCGACAUCGAUGGUGUACUUCUCCACGGCGAUCAAAUCAUCCCUGAGUCUCGUCGAGCUCUCAUCUCCAACCUCCACCUCCGAAUUUAUCCAAUGUCCUAUCCCCAUGCAGGCACUGGCGGAAAUUACGAGACCGUCUUGGUUGAUGUUGGUGGUGAGGGUUUCAAGGCACAUGCCGCCGCAGAGGUCUACGGAUUCAAAAACGUCGUCGUCCCCAAGGACAUCGCCAUCAAUGACCUUCUCUUGAGUGAGAAUGGCCGGCUAGGCACUAAUGCCCAGGAUCCCCUUUCCAAGCAUAUGCCCAUCUGCUUUUCUCAGGGCGAUAUAAUCUUCCAGACCGAGCACAGGCUGCCCCGGAUGACCCCGGGCCUCUUCCGCAUUGCUCUCGAAGCUAUGUACAAGUCUCUAACGGGAGUUGAUCUCAUGAAGUCGUGGAUGAAAGAGAUCCACAACGAAUAUACCGUUCCCGAAAACAUCUCUACAUGA